UCCCCCUCCCCAAUUUUUUUUUUUCAUCGUUAGAAACCUAUAAUUUUGUGCAUCACUCAAACUAGCUGUAUAGGAAAUGCGUAAGCACAGGUUUAACAGCAAGGUCCCAAAAGGUUUUGCAAAAUUCAGAGGCACGCCAGUGAAGGAAGGUGUGUGCUCCAAAGUGUGGUACAAGGACAAAAAUCAACUAGCCUCUUAGAAGAGACCCUAUUUUGCCUUUGUCAGGUAAUUACAGGUCUUUUUAGUUUCCGCAGGAGCCCCGAUGUAGCGUGUGGGAGGUAGCAAGCCCUGCACAAUGGAGGGCAGAGGCGGGGGGGGAGGUCGGGAAUCGUCCCGUGUAGAAGGGAGCUGGAAAGAAUGGCGUUAAGAUUUGGGCUUUCUUCGGGGCUCGGAGAGAACGUGCGACGUGGGGCAGCGUGGUGGCCCGGGGAGCAAAUACCGGUUAAUUAGGCUAAGUAUCAGAGUGCGGUGCGAUCCCACGUCGCGAGGAGAACCCCUCUGACUUUCCAAUGGGCUUCGUAUAAGGAAAUGCUGGUGCGGGAUGAAAGAGACUGGAACCGAUCUCCCCCCCUUAGGCAGCGCCAGCUCUUGAUUGAAUUUUUUAUUUUUUUAAAUUUUUUUAGUUUUUUGUUGUUGUUGUUGUUCCUUCCCUUAAAACUCUCCUCUAACGUACCGGGCAAAGGCUCUAAAAAGCCACGGCUCGCUCUCAGAAACCCCGCUCCUUCAAUGAUUCCCUAUUUCAAAUAAAAGGAUUUAAGUUGACGUAUGACCACGUGAGCACAUAAUACAGCGCAUUAUUGUGGCAUUUGGAGUGGAGACCCGGUCUGGCUCCGUCUGCGAUUACGCUUUUCCAGUUUCUGUUCAGAGCAAGCACUGCUUUCUAUUAUUUUUUUUUUCCUGCCCCCAUCACCGUCCCCUCAAGAGCUGGCCAUUCUGCUGACAGCUUUCGUUCCUUAUGGAAAGCUUAUUGCCGAGCCGAGAGGACGAAAUGCUUCGUUAGAAAGGAUGGAUUUUAUUUUAAGGUCUGCCCGGAGCGGCCAUUGGAGGAGCAGCGCCACGUGACAGAGGGGUGCCAAUGUUAUUCUCCAAGGGUGUCAAGACCCUGUCAGUUUGCGAAAUAAAUAUUGGGAAACAACGAAAUGCAAAAAGCGACCUACUACGACAGCUCUGCAAUCUAUGGUGCCUACCCCUACCAAGGAGCAAAUGGUUUCACUUAUAAUGCGAGUCAGCAGCAAUAUCCUCCGUCUUCGUCACUUGUGGAAACUGAGUACCACCGCCCCGCGUGCUCCCUCCAGUCCCCCGGCAGCGCUGUGUCCCACCACAAGGCCAAUGACAUCAGUGAGAGUUGCAUGAGGACCCUCCCCAGCCAGCCUCUGCAGCCCCCUGGCCUCACCGACCCACAGGCCCCGCCGCAGCCGCCUCCGGCCCCACAGGCACAGCCUCCACCUCCAUCCUCGGCCUCACCAUCUCAAAAUGCCAGCAGCAACCCUGCCCCGGCCAACCCCACUAAGAGCCCGGCUCUUAACUCGCCCACCGUGUCCAAACAGAUAUUCCCAUGGAUGAAAGAGUCUCGGCAAAACACAAAGCAGAAAAACAGCAGUUCCAGUUCAGGUGAGAGCUGUGCUGGUGAUAAGAGCCCCCCAGGGCAAGCAUCCUCUAAGCGAGCCCGUACGGCUUACACAAGUGCCCAGCUGGUAGAACUGGAAAAGGAGUUCCACUUCAAUAGAUACCUUUGCAGGCCACGAAGGGUUGAGAUGGCCAAUUUACUCAAUCUCACAGAAAGACAGAUCAAAAUCUGGUUUCAGAACCGCAGAAUGAAAUACAAAAAGGAUCAAAAGGGCAAGGGCAUGAUGACCUCUUCAGGAGGACAGUCCCCAAGCAGAAGCCCCGUCCCUCCAGCUGCUGGGGGAUAUCUAAACUCUAUGCAUUCUUUAGUAAACAGUGUCCCCUACGAGCCCCAGUCGCCUCCGCCAUUUAAUAAGCCUCAUCAAAAUACCUAUGGCAUCCCCGCAUCGUAUACUGCUCCUCUUAAUAAUUGCCCACCUCCUCAAAAGAGAUACACGGGGACAGCAGCUGUGACACCUGAAUACGAUACUCAUCCUCUUCAAGGCAACGGUUAUGGGAAUCCACAUAUACAGGGAAGCCCCGUCUACGUAGGGGGCAACUACGUGGAGACCAUGACCAAUUCCGGGCCCUCCAUCUUUGGUCUAACUCAUCUCUCUCAUCCUCCCUCUGCCAACAUGGACUACAGCGGGGCUGGGCCAAUGGGCAACAGUCACCACCACGGACCUUGCGACCCGCACCCGACAUACACAGACCUUACCGCUCACCAUCCUUCUCAGGGAAGAAUUCAGGAAGCGCCCAAACUCACCCAUCUGUAGGAGCCCAGAGUCACUAGGUGGAACGCAAGGCCCCAACGUUUUGAAGUACUCGUCCCUUCCUCUCUCUCUCUCCUCCCCGCCAUGCGCCCUCCCCUCUCUUUCUUCUUUCUUUUGCUCAUUUUAGUUUCUUUCGUUUUCUUUGGUAAAAGCGUUUUCUAGUUUAUGUGACGUAGCAAUAUUUGUUGCUUGAAUUGCUCUAUAGUUUCACUAGUGGAUAUUUAUCUUCUUGAACUGCAGCCUCGUGUCUCACUUUGGGAGCAUACGGAGGCUUUAUACUUUACCUUCUACACUUUUAUCAAAACAGGGUAUAUGAACAAAUUUUCUAUAAAAGGAAUUCUUAAAUGUGAAUUUGUUCGUACAUGAUUGAUCCCACGGGGAAGCAAUUUUUUUAUUGCACUUCUUUUAAAUAGCGAGAAAGACAUCAGAAGCGCUUGGACAGGGAUUCCCUGGACAGUUAUUGAUACGUGUAAGUCUUUCAAUGUGUGUAUGCUGGUGAACAUUCAGAUUUAUUUAUAUUAUUUUUUUUUUGCAAACAUUGAAUAAUCUAAGUGUUUAAAGUUUUAUUUAUCCCCAUUCGUUCAUAUUUAUAUAUAUAUAAAAAAUCUGUACCCUGAAUAUUCAGGAGGUAUUUACCUGGCCAUGUGUUAGAUGGCAUAUCGGCACGCGUAGGAAAUAUCAUUUGAAAGGGAACUAUAACUCCUUUAUUAAAAUGAUGAUAACUGUGAUGAUGAUGAUGCAAUAAAAUCUGGGAAAACAAAAGAUCACAGCUUGAAUAAUUGAUGCCUGUAACAUCCAGAUAGAGGGAAAGAAGGCGUGUGAAGAUGAAAGGCUUAGAUUUGUGUUGAAAGUUAUACAUUCCUUGCUGCUCACGUUCUGAAAAAAAAAAUAAUAAAGUUUUUAUUCUGAAUAAUAAAGAGUUAAGGCCAUGUUAUUUGGAGUGCGAGGAAGGGAGAGCCCUUCGUGACGUGGGGAUUCGGUGGACUCGUCUGGAGCCCCUUUCCCACUGCACAGCUCCUUAGCGCCUUUUCGGCCUUUUAGAGAUAGAGAGAGGGAGUUAUUAGUAUUAUUUUUCCCUAUUGGCUUUCCUUGCCGCCUCCCCCACUCCCGGUGCGGAGGGCGGGGGCGCGGACCGCGGGUGUGCACGCGGGGGGGUGCGCCGUGUGCGUGCACGAGCGUGUGCGCGGGGGCGAGCGCGGUGGCUGAGGCCCAGCGGGGUGCGGUGCGGUGCGAAGAGGCCGCGUGGUGCCCGGGCUCCCCGAAUGGGGACAGGGGAGAGCAGGGCGGCGGCCCCAGACCCCGAGCCGCGGCUGUGGGGUGGGUGCCGGGCACAGCCGCCUCUGAGCACCGCUCCACCCCCACUGCCAUUUUUCACGUUUUCCUUAAAGGAGCGGGUUCUCUCUCGUCUUCCUUUUAUUAUUAUUAUUAUUAUUAUUAAUAUUAUUGUAAUUCUGGAUUUAAAUCUGGGGCCGUUUCCUGUUGGCCAAGCCUCCUCCCCCUCUCUGCAGCCUGAGGCUGUGGGGGAGGGGAGCCCCGUGCUGCCUUUACCCCUCCACCCCUCCCGCCCCCCGCGUGUCCGUGUGUGUGCGUGUGCGCGUGUGGAGGGGCUGUGACACGCGGGGGUGAGCGGGCACCAGCGGGGGGCUCCGGGCCGAGUCGGGCCGAGCGGAAGGCAGGAACCUCAACGCCGCGUUUAAAUGCCAUGUUUCUUCCUUCCAGGCCAAAUGCCCGUAAUUUGUAGACUGAAACUUGGAAGAUAAAUCAAAGCGGACCUUAAUAGACUGGGUAAAAUAUCCCCGUGCGCGUUUAUAGAGACGUAUCCCUAUGCCGUGUAGAUAAUCGCGCACGCUGUUUGCCAUCUGUAUCUUCCAGAGCAAAGAAAAAAUGUCGCCAUUUUGGUCGCGCGCUGAAAUAUUAUUAAUCUUUGGGCUUUAUCUUGUUCCCAGAGCCACCCCUGCCUGAUGCCGAAGCAUCGCCACGCAGCCGCGAAUCUAUAGAGAGCUUUUCUGCAUAAGUAGAUAAAGAGCCCGGGCAGAGAAAGGGAUUGCGGAUAUAUCCGCACCAUGCGGCGCGUAACGGGCGGAGAUAUGGAAGGAAGGGUUAUUUGCUCCGAUAUAUUUCGUCGAAACCCGAUUGUCAACCAGCACAGACCAACGACCCGUUAUUGUUUUGUAGGCAAAGAAGGCAUUUUGGCACCGUCGCAAGGCAUCGCUCGUUUCCAAUUAGCGAAUAUACAGAGUCCAAACGCCCCCCACCCCUCAGAUAAGUGCGAUAGAUCAAACAAAAGGUAACGGUACGGGCGGUGAACUCGGGUUGUGGGGCUUAGCAUCAGGAUUGCGUUUCUGAAAAUGUCCAAAGAGGAGGAAUUCGGCUUUUCUUCCCCCUCCCGCCCAGAAGAAAGAAAAAGACGGGCGGUUUUGCCCCCUUCUUUCCUCUCCCCAGCCUCAGAGCCUGUACGUUAGCAAUACGAAUUUGUAUUUUUGCAUCCGAGAUUCGCCCGAUUAAAAGAUCCCUCUGGAGGCAGAAGUAAUUGAUUUGCCCAAGAAUUUCGCGUCCCCUCUCCAAAGGUUUUGUUCCAGGUGGUUUUUGUAUUAGAACGACCACAAGGAACAAAUGUGCAGAAUAGAGACACCCACGCAGGUUUUACUCACAAAGCCCGGUUAAAGUCCAAACCUCUCUCUUUAUUAUUUGCCAUCCUGCUGUUAAUCCCAAUAUUUUCCAGAAAAAAAAAAAAAGAAA